UGAUUAAUUAUCUGAAACUUUAAUUAACAUCAACAAGAGUAAAUCAACAAUUAACAUUUUUAUCUAGUUUUUAAUUAUCUUUCUUUUCUAAUCAACAAUCGCCGAUAGGUAAUCAAUGUUUUUCCUUCUCGUUUUCCUAAUUCGAUGAUGUUUCGCGUGUUCAACUUUCUUUUUUAUUUGUCCAUUUUAAUAACCAAAAGAGAAAUUGAAUCAAUGACAAUUUAAUCUUUAAGAUGAUCAUUUCUAAACUAAGUCAAGUGUUGAGUAAAUCUUUUAACCGGUUAUCACUUUUUAAACUUCAUGAAGCAAUUGAAGCGAAACAUGACAAAUAUGGAUCAAUUCGUGUGGAAGAAAAAUAUUGGCCUGUUAGACGGACAAUCGUUUACGUUUUUAAUCCAUCCGAUAUUGAGAAAAUUUUACGAGCCCAAGGUAAAUUUCCCUAUAGACCUGCGAAUGAAUUUCUGGUUAAAUAUCGUUCAUCUUUACCUGAUCGUUAUCCGACAAUUGGAAUUGGUAAUCUACAGGGUGACAAGUGGUUCUCUCAACGCCAGUUAAUUGCUCCUAUUUUAUUAUCCAGUGGUGUUCUUAAUUCCUAUCUACCUCAUCUUAAUGUGAUUACCGAUGAUUUUAUCACUUACCUUGGAUUCCAACAGAAUCAACAAGGUUCCAUCAAUGAUUUAUUAACUUGUACCGAUCAAUUUUCCCUUGAAUCGAUCGCCAUGAUUUGUUUAAAUACUCGACUUGGUUGCUUAUCAACCAUAGAACCUUCAGAAGAUGGUAAAAGAUUAAUUCGUGCGUCUAAAAAUCUAUUCAAAUCAUUUCAAAUUCUUUACCAUGGUAUUCAAUGGUGGAAAUUCUGGCCUACUCCCAGUUAUAAGAUGUUCGUUGCCGCCGAAGAAGAGAUUUACAAUGUUUCUGGUAAAUACGUUGAUCGUGCUUUAAAUGAGCUAAAAAACGAUGAUCAAAAUUCGUGCCAUGAGAAAGAUGAUUAUGAUUUAAAUGAUGACAGUAAAUGUCUUUUGAAAACUUUGCUAAAAACGAAGGGUUUAGAUAGAAACACCGUACGAACUACAGCUAUGGACUUUAUGGUCGGUGGUAUUAACACUGUUUCCACUUCGCUCUGUUUUCUUCUCCAUCAUUUAUCGGUUAAUCAUGAAAUUCAGGAGAAAUUAUUCCAAGAAUUGGUCCAAGUUAUCGGAAACUCACAAGUCGAUGUCAAUGAGACACAUUUGAGUCGAUUACCUUACCUGAAAGCUUGUCUAAAGGAAAGUUUUCGAUUGACCACAGUUAUACCGAAUUUGGUUCGAAUUCUUCCUGAUUCGAUCUCUCUUUCAGGUCAAACUAUUCCAGCAGGAGUUCCAAUUAUGUUAUCCUUUGGAGUUAUUUGUAAACAUCCUGAUUAUUUUGACGAACCGGAAACGUUUCGACCUGAAAGAUGGUUAGGUGAUGCUCGCAGAGCGAUUCAUCCUUUUUCUUUACUAACUUUUGGCCUUGGUAAUCGAAUGUGUGCCGGUAGAAGGAUGUCCGAAAUCGAGUUGUACAUUGCAACGGCCAAAAUUAUUCUCAAAUAUAAAUUGUUAUCAGAAACACCUAAAUUAUUAUUGAAACAAGACUUUAUCAUUAUCCCGGAAAAUCAGAUCAAAAUUCGUCUCGAACCAAGAUGAUUGAUAAAAAAAGUUAAUUGUAACCAAUACAAUCAAUCAAUUGACCAAAAUAAGUGGCGAUCAUUUUGAUAAUGGAUUUGUGAACCUCUUUUGCCAUUGAUGCCUAAUGUCUUUCUUUUAAUUAAUUAAUUAAUUUAUACAAAUUCUGACGAUUAAUAAAUUGAUUUAAUUCCAUUGUUAAUUAUAUAAUACAA